CCGUAAAUAUUCGUUCAGUGCGUCGUGGCCGAGUGACUUACGCGGAUAUAAAAGCGUAUCCAAAUAGACGGGGGAUAAACGUGGCCGAACAUGGUCGGAGGAGUGACGGAAGACGGACCCGUGAUUCGACCCGUCGAUUUCGUGUCGACGACGACCAUAGUCGCACUAUGUAUAGGCGCCGUUUUCCUACUUUGCGCCGUCGCGAUGACCUGGUGGCUUUGCCGACGACGUCGCGAGCACACCAAACUGAAUUCCGACAAGUCCCUGGCGUUCAGGCCACCCCACAGGAAACCGACGGCGGUUAAAAGUCCUGGAAGCACCAGCCACUACCUGAAGAAGAGUCCAAGCCCGACGGGGCCCGCGAAAAGUCCCCCGGGCUCCGGUGGACAAACACCCAGCCCGACCGGCUCCCAGUCGUCGAAUCCUGGUUCGCAGCCUAGAACACCACAGGGUACAGGUACACCCGCCCAGACACCUUCCGGCGAGGUCACAUUGAGUAUCGAGAAUGAACAACGGGACAAGGCUGAAAUCGAGAACAACGAGAAAACGGAACGCGAGAAAAACCACGCGGCAGAGAAUAACAAAGACAACCUCGGCCAGCUGAUGUUCAAACUGCGAUACGUGAGCGAACAAAAUGCGCUCGGGGUGACGGUGGUGAACUGCAAGGGGUUACCUGCGAGGGAACAAAACGCCACCAGCGAUCCUUACGUGAAAUUGAAACUGUUGCCUGAUAAGCAGCAUCAGGCGAAAACCAGAGUGCUCAGAAACACCAGAGAUCCUGUCUACGACGAGGAUUUCACAUUCUUCGGGAUAUCGAAGGAUCAGCUUCAGAAAAUCAGUCUACACUUUAUAGUGCUUAGCUUCGAUAGAUAUUCUCGAGAUGAUAUUAUCGGUGAAUUGACAUGUGCACUUUCGUCGGUGCCCGGCUUGGAGGAGGCCGAUAAUCAAGCGAUAUCGUUGUGCCGAAAAAUAUGUCCUAGAAGUCUGAAGAUUCAAUCACAAGGCAGGGGAGAGCUGCUCGUCUCCCUUUGUUGGCAACCAAUCAACAGCCGAUUGACGGUAGUUGUGCUGAAGGCGCAAAAUUUGCCCAAGAUGGACGUGACUGGGUUAGCGGAUCCAUAUGUCAAGAUCUAUCUUCUGUACAACUCUCAGCGCAUCGCAAAGAGGAAGACGCGCGUGAAGAAACGUACCCUUAGUCCGGUAUUCAACGAGUCUUUCGUAUUCGAUAUUCCGAAUGGUGCUGAUGGUCUUAACAAUGUCAGCCUCGAGUUUAUGUUGAUCGAUUGGGAUCGUGUUACAAGAAACGAGGUUAUUGGACGACUUGAGUUCGGUGGGCCAGAAUGUCAAGGAUCCGCUUUGAAUCAUUGGAGAGAAGUUUGUAGCUCGCCGCAAAGGCAGAUCGCUGAUUGGCACAAAUUAAGGGAGUAAAUAAAUCUCUCCCGGCUCUAUCAAUUUUCCUGGAAUCCCAUCUCCAACUAUCCAAAAAGCCCCACGUCCUUCUCUAUUGUAAAACCACCAAUCCAACCCCUUGAAACCCUACGAUGAAGUAGGGUAUCUGUUUUGUAAACCUAAUACUCGAUGUAUAUUAGGCUUGAAGCGAGUGGCGGCACGUCCACCCGCGAUCGAUGCAACUGCGGAUGCACCACGUGAAACGUCUAAUCGUUACGUGUCGGCAUGAAGCGAAUACGAAGAAUAAUUUCUGAUCGCACGAUAAUUUUCGAGUACAACCAGGCGUCGAUUCGAUAACGAAACUGCACUUGCUUCACUCGAUUUAGAUACCGAAGAAAUCGAUAUUAUCAACUGAUAUUUUUCUUGAUUCGAGUUAUUUCUAUAAAUAUAUAUUUUCAUUUAUAAUAAAAAAUGAUUCAUUUAAUAAAAUUGUUUCUUUUCUGUGAUUAAUAACAGUAUAUUAUAUACAGACAUUUGUCAAUAUUCUGUUCAAAAUAAAUAAUAUCAAGAUUACAACAAUGAUAUCAAUGAAAUUAUAGAUUAAUAAUAAUUGACGACUUACAAUCGAAAAUUGAUUCUUCUAUGUUUCUAGGUCUCGAAGAAAGUAUAAUAAUGUUCACUCAAUUAAAAUUGCGAUAAGAAUCAAUAUCGCUCGUUCGUACAUUCAAAUGAUCGAUAUCGUUUCAAUUAUCGAUAUCGAUUAAUCGAACGAAGAAUCGAAUUUUAAUCGAUUAUCGACCGUCGAUUGCAUCUUCAUAUAUCGCAGUAGCAAACGAUCGCGGGAGAAACGCAUACAAAAUGCUUUACGAUAAAUGUAGUUGUUAAGAUUUCCAACCAGAUGGCAAAGGGAGGAGGAAAAUGAAGCAGUUAAAUAUGAAGCAAUCGAACGUUUGCUCUGAUUGAUGAACAUCGCUGCACAGGGUCGUGCUAUCGAAAACUGGUUGCAUUUUAAAAAAAAUUACGUUAAAAAGAAAUUUUUAAAUCAGUGAUUCUCAAUUCUCAAAUUGCAGAUGAAACAUACAUUAAAAUAUUACUAUUGUUACGUAAAGAAAAUAACCUAAUAUAUUUUUAAAAAAAUAGCAUUCAUUAAGUUGAAACUCAUGGAACUUGGUGAAUUUUUUUUCAAUAAGAAGAAAGAUUUUACAUGACCCUGUGAUCAUAAAGAUCAUGUAAAUCGUCGUUUUUGGAAAAAUGAAUAUGAAUUAAUGUAACAGAGAAUAUCGAAAGUCACAUGACACACUCGCAACUAUGUUUAUUUCGCUUGUCGUCAAGAUACAAGAAUCCCUCCAAAAUAUUCAUCGAACAUAUUAUAAUUAUAUUAUAAUAAACGGGAACAAUCUUACAAUAUAAUUUUCUGUCAGAUUUUGCUCUUAACAGAAAAAAAAAUUCAAGUAUUUCAACUAUUUGAUUAUUAUUUUUCGAUCUUUAUAAAAAAUAAAAUUUAAAAUUUUAGUUAAUAUAAUUUCGAAUGAUAAAUGAUUUAUUAUAUAAUAAAUGAAUAAAGUAUAUUUUGUGGAGCGAUUCUUGUACAGAAAGUAUGCAAGCACCACGAGACGUGGAGAUGAAGCAUCAAUUAAACUUAAAAACAAUAUUACGAUUAUUCGUUCCUGUUCCAAAAUUCCCUAGCUCCAUGUCAACUGACCGAAUGAUAAUUUCAUUACUAGGAAUUGCUAAACGCAAAAAUCAGCGCCAACUUUUCCGUUAAAAUGUCAAAAAUUUUCGAUAAAUGCGUCUCUCCUUAAAAUAAAAUUUUUAAAAAACACUCAAUAAAAUUCUCAUAUUACUUGCUUCGACAGAAAGCGGUGUAUCAAGUACAUAAUAUAUAUGUACUUUACAUAGCAGAGAAAAUUAUAUAUAUUGCUAUAUGUUGCUAUGUAAAAAGUUUAUGAUACAUGGAAUUAUUCGUAUAUUUUACGCUGUUAUAUCCAAUUUUUUAUUUCUUGCAAAUAAAUAGUUGAUUUUAUAUUCGUGACAAAAGUGAAGUAUUUUCUUCUUCACGUUAUUUGUGGAACGGGGUCGAGGAAUUGUGACGUUGUUUUAAAGUGCCAAUGAAGUCGCCAUGCUUUGCGAUUGUAAAUAUGUAACUUACGUUUAAAUAGAAAAAAGAAUGAUCGAAAUUUUUAUUUCUUAUUAUGCAUUAAAAACUCAUCGUGGUUUUAAUUGCUAAUUAAUGAAAAAAUUAGAAUGUACAAUUAUAGUUUAUGAAAAAAAUUCCAUUUGCACAGAAUAUAACAAGAAACCAAUGUCAAGUAGUAAUCUUGUUGAAAAAUUUUUAAUGGUAGUUAAUUAUUAUUAUUAAAUAAUCAUAAAAAUAGCAAAAGCUUUCAACGAGUGAAAGUAUUAUUAACACUGCUUUACGCAAUCAAAUUACAUAUAUUAUUUUAAAAAAACUUUGUUAUUUGACAAUGUAUUGAUGUACCUAUUGUUAUAGAUAGAAAAUUAUUUUUAUUCGAUUAAUAUUAUAUUUCUUACUUAUUUGACGAAUUUAAAUAUAUGUAUAAAGAAUAUUUAUAAUUAGGAAGAAUUCUAAUUAUAAAUUAAUAGUUUUUAAAUCAAUUUCACUGAAAAAUAAAUUAAUAUAUGCGUACGAGGUAUCAAUUAUAAAUUUAAUUAUUAUUUAAUUAAUUAUAAAUUUAAUUAAUUAUAUGAAAAAAAAUUUCUGUUUACAGAAAUCCCGUUCGUAUAUAAAACACUGCGAUGAAUAAUGAAUAUCGAUUAAAUUAUUAUACGUUUGAAUUUAUCAAAAAAAAAAAAUAAAGUUAAUUUAAAUUUACGAUAAUUUUUAACACACAUGGAUUAUAUAUGGAAAUAUCAGCGCUUCACAAUUAAAAUUUUAGAAUUCUUCAGCAUUUCCAAUUACUAUUAAUUUCGAAAUAUUUACUACGUUCAGGGCUUUUUUUCUGAUGAUAUGUUUCUACGUAUAUAACAUAAUAAAAAUUUCAAUGAAAAAAAAAUAACAAAAAUGUUCCUAGAAAGUAAUCAUAUGUAACUCGAUUAAGUAAAUAUUUUUAAUAUAAUAUUCGAUGCAAAAUAGAGCAACGUUUUUCAAUGCAAAGUUACAAAAAUUUCAACAAAUUUCAUUGAACAUUUCAUAUUUUAAAAUAUAUAUAAAUUAAAAAUUAUAUCAAUAAAUUUUUUUACUUAAUUCAAAUUCCAAAAAAAAAUUCAAUUAAAACCUUAAAUUCCAUAUAUAUUUGUUUUGUUUUUUGUAAAGUUAAAUAUCAAAAAAAUAAAAUUAUAUUAAAAAUUGUAUUAAAAAUAUCAUGUGAAACAUGAAAUAUCAAUAAAAAUAAUAUCUUAUCAAUAUGAUAAAAAGGAAAAGAAUACACAGAGAAUAAAAUUAUGUAACUGUGAAAAUUAGGAUAAAAUAAAAUAAUUAAAACUGCAUGAUAAACAUAGUAAAUGUUAAUUAAUUUUUGUGAAAAUUUGAAUUUAUUAAAUGAAAUAGAAUUAACACAAACAAAUAAGAAGCAACGUUUAGAAUUAUAGAGAAAAUGAUGAAACCAAAUAAAAAUGCGAUUUGUAUUUUCUGUCCACAGAAGAAAAGCACCUGACAAGUAAGAUGUUCAUAUACACGCGCACGUCAAAAAGUCAAUAACUAAUAACAUAUAAAACGAUUGCUUAUUUUUUUAUCGCAACUUUCCGCUCCAUCAUCCUUCCUUUGCAAGAGAUGAAAAGGCAAAGAUCAGAGAGAAAGAACUAUCGAGGCAAAAAGAAAAAGGAAUUUUUUCUUAGAAGAUGCAACGACGAAGUAUCGUAUAGAUCAGCACCAAUAAAAAACGAAAGUAACAACAGGUACAUUGCAAUAUAUUAACAGAAGAUAAAAGAUACAUUAAAUACAUAAAUUUUCAUAAUUAAGUAUGGUAGAAAAAGAAAAGAGGAGAAAUUCAAAAGAUCGAUAAUGUUGCACAUAACGUUAUACAACCAAAAAAAAAAAAAAAUGGCAUUACAUGAUCAAGAAUUUCAGAAUAUUUAUUUAAUUGCUAUACCAUUAAAAAUACAACUAUAUAAGAAACGAAUAUAAUAAGUAGCACGUAGAGAAACAUCUCAUAAAUAUCUGUCGUUCUCCAUGAAGCUUGUUAUCGAUUGUUCGACGACUUUUUGAUAAGGAUACAGUUGAUGCGAUUUCUGAUAAAUUGAUGACAAUUUCUAACGAGUAAAUCCUUAAUAUUCAUAUAGAAUGAAUAUUGGAAUAUUAGAAUCAUAGAACGAAUUCAUGGAAUAUCUGAAGAAUAAAAAAUAAAAUAAAAAAUGCGAUAUAAUCAUAAGGAUUUAAGUAUUAUUAUUUGAUUGUUCUGAUAUAUUCGUUAGAAUAUUGGAUUCAUCAGAAAAUACAAAUACAAAGAAAAAAGCUUCUCGAGAUCAACAGAUACGAUGUAACAUGAUGAACGUCGAUACUGAAUGCUGGAAAAUCACCGUUCUUGUCACAGUUCCUUUAUAUCGUAUUUCUUCUUUCGUUUAUCGAAAUUUUCCCCUUAUAGACUUUACAACGAUUUUUUGUAUUGAGAUUUACAAUGUAGUUGAUAUUAAUUUGUGGAAUAUAGAAAAGAGAUUCACUUUAAUCGUUUAGAAUCCUUUCCUGUUUUCCAAUAAAAAAUAAUAUGUAAAUUAUCUUUAAAUGGAACAAAAUUAUUUUUUAUAUUUUCUUUUUCAAAACAAAAUCGUUUUAAAAAUUUAGUAAAUUCGCUUUCUAUAUUUUUUUUUUUAUUUCUUUAUUUAAUAUUAUAUUUAUUCUGUAAUAUUUCAAAAUAUAUUUGCCAUAUAGUAUAUGAUUAUUAUUUUACGAAAUAUAAUUGUUAAUACAAUAUUUUGAAAAUGAUAAAUUUUUAAUUGUAAUAAAAUUCAAUUAUAUUAAAACUGAAUAUAAAUUUUAAAUGUAUGCAUUUAAAAUACACACUCACUUAUAUAAGAAGAUCCUGAAGUCAUAAUGCUAAGUUUUUAUGAACUUUCAUACAAUGGUAAAUCUUACGAAACUGAAGCUAAUGAAAGAUUUAAUGUUAAAUCUAAAUUAUUAACAAUAUUUCACAUACAAAAUCGGCUACCAUUACUUUCUUUUUUUUUUAGAUCUACUAUUGUAUAAAAACAUAAAAAAUAAACAUUUCAUUUUAGAAUCUUCUCCAAAAAAAAUCAUGAACUAAAAAUAAUUCGUUAUAUUAACACAUUGAAGAAAUAUUUUAUUUUAAAAUGUGACAUAUUUUAUAUUUUUCAUUAUUUUAUAAAAUUAAAUACAUAAAAUAAUGAAAAUCUAUUAGACAAAAAAAAAUUUUUUAAUAUUAAAAUAAUGAUAUAUUAUAAUUUUAUUAAAAUUAUUAUAUUUAUUAUUAUAAUUAUAAUUAUUUUUAUUAUAUUUAAUAAUACAUAUUUUUAUAUAUACAUAAUUUUUAUUAUAAUUUUUUAUUUAUUUCUCACAUAAUUUAUUUAUAUAAAUAUCAGAUGAGAAAAAAAUAAAAGAAAUAUAUAUAUAUAUAUAUAUAUAUAUAUAUUUUCAACUUGAUAAAAAAAUUAAAUAAAUAAAUAAAAAUCCGGAAAGCUAUUUUAAAACCAUUUUAAAACUAUUUAUGACUUCCGUAUCACAUCUUACACAUUGCGAAAUUAGAUUUUAAAAUAUCACUUUUAAUUUAUAAUUUAUGUAAUAAAAUAUUUAUAUGUACAAUAAAUAAUCAAUAUACAAUACAAAUAAUAAUAUCAAUUAAAGUCAUUUUAGUUUUAUAAUAAUCUUUUCAAAAAAAAAAAAUAUAAUUUUUUUGUUUCUUAUGUUUAUUUUUUGUUUCGAUUUUUUAUUUUUAUUUUCAUAUUUUUUCCAAUAAGAAAAUUAAUUGACAGUUGCAAAUCAAUUAUAUUUCUUAAAAUAAAAUAUUUAAUUAUCUUUAAUAAUUACAAAAAAAAUAAUGGUACUUGUAUACAAUACAUGAAAAUAUAUAUAAAUAUAAAUAAUCUAAGUUAACAUGAUAUAAUCAUUCAUAUUUAAAUGAGCUAAAAAAAAUUACAAUAAAAAAUAAUUUAUAAAGAAAAAUAUCAAUAGAAAAAAUAACAAUGCAUAUUAAUUUAUAUAAAUAUAAUUAAAUUUAUAAAAAAAAUUAUAGAUACAUAUCUUUAUUAUAUUUUAAUUUAAUAAUAAUUUAAAUACAUUUAUAAAUUUAUUCCAUUAUAUAUCAUUAUAUUUUCUUAUAAAUGAAUAAUUAUAGUAUAACAAAACAAUGAAUAAAAAUAUUAUAUUAUUGAAAUAUUAAUUAAUAUUUAUAAUAAUAAACAAUUAAUAAAUAUUAAUUAAUAUUUCAAUAAAAAAUAAAAUAAAAAUCUGGAAAUUUUAAUAUAGAUAUAUAUUGAUAUUUUUCUUUGCAAAUACCGCAAUAUAUCAAAAUUAUAUUUAACACAAAGUUCACAAUUAAAAAUAAAUCUUGACAAGAAAUUGGUGCUUUUCAAACAUUCCGCAUAUCAUGUAUGCGCAUAGACGCGGCAUAUAAUGACAUGCUAUGUACGAUCAGAUUUUAAGGCUGUGUGGUCAAUAAAAUAAUGAAACGAAAUAA